AUGGAUCCGGAGGCCAACGUCGCGGAUCCGCCUCCCUGCCUUGCUGCCUUCGCCGGAACCUUCGCGUCUUCGCCCUCUUCCCCGCCGGCCGCCAGCAAGCCUCGGCGCCCCUCUCCCUAUCAACGCGGUGAGGCCGCCCCGACCUCUCCUCCUCUCUCUGCCCUCGCAACACGACGCGCGACCAUCACGCCCCGGGCCGCGACCAAGCUUGUCAGGCCGCAUCGUCCCGGCUGCCACCGCCCUAGCCUUGCCCUGCUCCGACGCUGCUCCGCCCGGUCAACAGCAACCCCAAAUCCCACCCGGCGUGUCACCUUCGCGCGCUCGCGCCCGUGCGUGGCCGGCUACCGCGUGCUGCUGCAUCCUGCGGCUGCGCCGCCGCCGCUUCUCGCGUCCACCACACGUGCCACUGCCGCCCGGCUCACCCGCCUGCCUCCCUCUCGUCGUGGCUGGCCCGCGCUCACGCCGCCGUGCGCCUGCCACCGCGCCCGCCUUGCGCCCUGGGCGCCGUCGGGCUGCCCCAUCGCCGCAACCACGGCGCCUGGGCGGCGCCCGCCAGCACCUGAACCCGUUCUGGGCCCGGUGGCCUAUACAAUAGGGGCCCAACCCAAAAACAAAAAGAAAUAA